AUUUCCAGAAAUGUAGUUGAGUAUUCUGGAGGAUUGCCACUAGCUUUGGAAGUCCUUGGGUCAUUAUUGUUUGAUAGAGGGGUAACAGAAUGGAAAAGUGUAUUGGACAAACUCAAAAGAAUUCCUAAUAAUCAAGUACAGGAAAAGUUAAGAAUAAGCUACGAUGCUUUGAAUGAUGAUACUGAGAAAGAAAUAUUCCUUGACAUAGCUUGUUUCUUUAUUGGGAUGGACCGAAAUGAUGUUACACUUAUAUUAAAUGGAUGUGAACUUUUUGCUGAAAUUGGAAUAAGUAUCUUUGUUGAUCGAAGUCUUGUCACUGUUGAUGAUAAGAACAAACUUGGAAUGCAUAUGAUUUGUUGCGAGAUAUGGGAAGAGAAAUCAUUCGUGGGAAAUCACCAGAAGAGCUCGAGGAGCGUUGCAGGUUCUGGUUUCAGGAGGAUGUGCUUCAUGUUUUAUCAGAUCAAACUGGAACAACAACUAUUAAGGGGCUGGCUUUGAAGUUGCCAAGAGCUAAUGAAAAAUGUUUUAGUACUAAAGCAUUCAAGAAGAUGAAGAGACUCAGAUUGCUUCAACUUGCUGGGGUAAAACUUGAUGGAGAUUUUGAAUAUCUUUCAAAAAAUCUGAGAUGGCUUUCUUGGAACGGAUGUUGUUUACCACAUAUACCUGCAAACUUUUAUAGAGAAAAUUUAGUUUCCAUCGAGUUAGAGAAUAGCCGUGUCAAACUUUUAUGGAAAGAGGCCCAGGUAUAAGUUUUGAUUUCUUUUUUUGGCCCUCUUCAUGAGUUGUUUUCACUUUCGAAAUUGUAAUGCUAUUUUAUUACGUUGUACUUUUAAACAA